CCGCUUCUCCUUCCGCCGUCGCCAUGAGCAGCCCACCUCUGGGUCCCGGAGCGGCGGCGGCCGGCCUGCCGGCCUGGAAGCGAGCUAUCCUGGAGCGCAAGCGGGCCAAGCUGGCGGCCGGCGUGGAGCUCGGUCGGGCGCCGGAGGCGGCGAGACCGAAGGGCGAGGCGGCGCCGAGACAGGGGCCGGGCGAGCGGCUGGUGGUGGCCGAGAGCUUGGGCCCCUUGCGGGAGAACCCCUUCAUGCGGCAGGAGAGCGAGCGCAGGCGGCGGCGGCGGAGGCGCGUCCCGCCGCCCCCGCCGCCGCCGCCGCCGCCUCACGGGCCCGCCGCCUGCGCGGCCGCCGCCCCCAGCUCACCGGCGCCGGAGCCCCCGGCCUUGACGCAGCUGCUCGAGCUCUACAGCUCCAUGCCGGGCAUCCGCACCAUCCGCGCUGACAACAUCCUCAUCAUCGAGUCCCAGGCCGCCUCCGGAGCGCCGGGGCCGCCGCGCCAGGUUUCCCCCGUGGUGUCACCGGCCUCGCCCUCCCCCCGAAGCAGGGACCCUUUCCGCGAACUGCUCUCCCGCGGCGGCUCCGCCGUCACCGAGAUCCGAGCCGCCGAAGUCGUCAUCUACGAGCCCUCCCCGGCCAGGCCCGGGUCGGCCCCCAGCGGGGCAGGCUUCCAGCUGGCCUCGGAGCCCGGCAGGGUCAGCCGGCUGCUGCAGAAGUUCGACAGGCGGCCCCGGGGGGGUAACGUGGCCAGGGCGAAGUGGUGGGGCGGAGAGGGCCCCCGCCUGGGGCCAGGGGUGCCAAACGCUUGCCUGGAGGAUGAAGCAGUUCCUGCACCCCCACCUGCUGUCCCCACUGGUGCCGUCCGCCCUAGUUCUCCAUGCAGCCCCCAGCCCGGCACCAGACAUUUUGUGCAGAAGAUUGGCUCCAAUUCAUUCACGGUGAAUCCGCGGGGCUACCGCCCCCCUGGCCCCGCCAUCCCCGGGCAUGUCGCUGGCCCUAUGCUCAGCAAUGGGCCUGUGGCCCUGGAGGAGGACGCCGUGGCCAUGCUAGCUGUGCCCAAGGGGCGAAGUCAGUGUGUCGCAGCCCCCGCCGGCCUCAAGCCAGUGCCAUCGCCAAGCACCGCUGCAGCUUCAUCUCCAAUCCGAGCCAACUCGUGGAAGCCAAAGCCCGAGGGAGCUGUCGAGACCCCGCCACUGCCGUCCAGUGCCAGUCAGGACAGCUGUGCCACCGCCGGCUCGCCCCGGCUCACGCCACUGUCCAGCUCCAGCUGCUCCUUUGAGAUCCACCCGGCCCCGAAGCCGGACCUGGCUGCCAUCCCUGCCCAUGAUGUCCAAGCACAGGCCUUGGCCAGCCUGCGCCUCAACUCCCGCAACUCCUUUCUCUUCGUGCCCCGUCAGAGAGGGGAAGUCCCAGGCCCACCUGAACCUUCAGAAACCCUCCCGACGUUGCCAGGAGGGGGCCUGCCAGCUGGCCCUGAGAAGCCGGCAGAGACUUUGGUGCCUGUGACUUACAUUGAUGAGGACUUGGUGGAGCUGGAGUCUGAUCACUUGCCCCCCUUGAAAGUCCUGAGUCCAAGGCUGGAGGGCUUUGAUGUGCCCCAAGAAAAUAACUUGGUACAUGAUAUGGAGGACUCUGCUGUACUCUCAUACAGGCCCCACCCUGCUGGCUUUGCCACUGUGUCUCAGAAAGGUAGCAACACCAUUACCAUUGUGCCCAAACGGAAACCCCCCAGCGCUGGACUGGAGACCUUCAGCAGAGCUUGGCUGCAGGAGGAAGAAGAGGAGGAAGAAGAAAGCCAAGCCAAAGCCAGGAGUGAUACGCCCCACCAGGAUCUGGGUCAGCUCCUUAAAAAGCGCUACCCCACUGUGAAUGAGAUUGAGGUGAUCGGGGGCUACCUCUCUCUGGAUAAGUCCUGCAUGAGCAAAUCGGGCUCCCGUCGCAAAAAGAUGAAGAUUUCUUUCAAUGAGAGCAGCCUGCAGACAAUGUUUGAAUACCCAUCAGAAAGCUCGUUGGUGGAGGAGGAGGAGAAGGAGGAGGAAGAAGAGUAUGCCACAGAAGUGGAUGAGACGCCUGCCCUGUUCAUUCCUCGCCCAAGCAGUACCUUGCACUCAAACGGAACUGACUCAGUAGGUUUAUCAGGUUACACUCCAAAGCACUCCGUAGAGUUCAGCAAGUGGCAGGAGCAGCAAUAUGAGGAGAUGCCUCCAAGCACAGGAGCCUUUCCACAGGACGCUGACCCACCAGGCAACCAGGUCAUGCUCACCCCAGCAGACAAGAGCAGCCUCUCCGACUUCAGUAGUGAACCUGCUCUCUACUUCUAAAGUCUCAUCCUGGGUUGGUGCUGAACAGAGACAUCGCAUUGUUCCUGUUGUCCUUGCCUCUGGGUGUCUGCAGAAGCACUUUGUGGAAGACCCAGGCAGGCGUUUAAGCCAAGCCUCUCUUCCUUUAUCAGGUACUGAGGCGCCGUGGAGCGGGCCUCGUAUUUACACUGGAUUCUGGGGUAUCUCUUGCUUUAAGGCAACUUCCUUUUUCUACUUGUGGCCUUAAUUGUUCUUUCUCAAGACCUGGCUUUGAAUGCAAAUCCCCUUGUCUAGAGAGUGACUCACGAGAAGACUAGUUUCUGAAUGGGCUGCCAGAAGCCUGGCUGCUGCUGUUCUUUUUGCUGGGUUGUGCUCUUCCUGUCAGCCAGGCAUGUUUGAACUGGCUUGGCAAUUAGCUUGGUGCCAAGCCCUUGCAAACAAGCUGCGAUUUGACAGUGGUGACCUAAUGGAAAAUACCGUCUUAAAAUUCACCUUGGGGAACUAAUGCUUUGAACGACCUUAUGGGACUCGUAUUUGGAUUAUUUCACUGUGCAAAGAAUGAUGAAUGACGUUGCCUGUUCUGGUGAGCUGAUGAAAACGGUGGAGAGAUGGAAGAAAUUGUUCUAUGUUAAUUUAAAGAAAGCAAAUUUGGGAGGAGUUUCCAGCACCCCCCAGGGCUGAUCAUGGGUGGGUGCUUACUCAGAUUAUGUAGCACUGUGACUCAGAGUAGCUUUAAAGGAUGCUUGGCCAUGCAGCAAUUACUUGCAUGUGCCUUGUGGCAACUUGAACCAUGGGACAUUGGUGACCUUCAGUUGUGUGUUGAACUGAGUAUUGCUGCACACACUUCAGUUGCCAGAUUAGUAAGGCUGGAGCUUCAGU